UGCUUAUGUAGACGUUUACGGGGUUGAAUCUUAUCAAAAGUCGCCAGAUUUUUAUAAACCAAUGAAUUUAUGAAUGUGAUGUGGCAUAUUGUACGUCAUGGCUAUCAAAGAAAAGACCGGCACAGAGCCGUACUGGAAACGGAAGCGCCUCACGCCCGACAAGCUCCAAAUUGAAGACAUUGUGCUUCGGGAACCAUCUCCUGGCAGACCAGCUCUUCUAGAGGUUCACGAGCAGGUGGAUCUCCAGCUCGAUACGCAUCAACUGGCUCGGGAGGAGGAAAAAGAAAGAGUUCAUGCGAGGGACUGGCCGGACCGGACACCGCUGGAAAUCAGUCGGCUUGAAAUGCUCCGGAAGGAAUACGGGUGGAUGAAGCAUCUCCGCGUCACAGAACCCAAAGACAACUGGAAGUGCAGGUGGAUUCACAUUUCGAGUACUUUGCCUGAGUAUCUUGCAGGAGUCCUUGCUGCAUUGAGUGAAGACCAAAGGCUUGCCAUACAACGUCUCAGCAUGCUCGAUCAGACCAUUUUCCAAAACGAAAAGUUCUCCCGGCAUGGAAAGUAUUUCUCGCCGUUCUUCAAGCCACUAAACGUGCCAUCCGACGUCGAAGAUGACCCUGCGACGCCAUUACUCCUUUGCGUGCCAUUUAUGGACUGGAGCGAUGUUACCAGCGACGCACGAAUACCAAGAUUUCAGGUUGACCCGCUCGAGAACAUUCAGUCGGUCAAAGCUUCUUCGCACCCAGUCCGGUCGAUACUGCAGCAUUAUUAUCGAUUAGAAGAUACGACCGAUCGUGAACGGAAACAGGUUUUUUCGCGCUCACAGCCAUGGGCAAAAGAUCAUCUCAUGACCGCCCGAGUCGGCCGCUGGUACGGCCGCAAAGACCGAGACUUUUACCCGACUGGCCUCGUUGUGGAUGAGAUGUGGAUUCUUCUCAUCGAUCCCGGGCAUAUAGUGUCAUUUUCGACCAAUCAAAGCUGGAAACCGCGGAUGAUUCCUCAUCAGCUCUCCACACGAAUCCGUGAAGUCUCCUUUAAGACCGUCCGGAACAAUUUUAGCUUGUCAAAGCAGCAGGAUACAUAUGAUGCAUUGACACAUAUGGUGACUUGUAUGCAUGGAGCGUUUGGAUUGUUGCAUUGGAGCUUUUGGCAAGAUUUCUUGUUGUGUCUGACGGACCGUUUUGCGCAGUAUCUAAAUCACUUGCAAUUCCGGCUCUACCGCGCUCCCAGCUCAAAGCUCGUCAUGGACAUUCUCCAGAUCCAAGACGAGCUAAACAUCAUCCUCAAACUCAUGCACUCCCAGCGCCGUCUCUGCACAGAUCUACAAUCAUACCUCUCAACCAGUUACUCUCACCUCUCCCGUUCUUCCACUGCUUCGCGACUAUCUCAGACAUACCCUGUCUCCGGAUCGAUCAUCCACGCGGCCCAUCUUCGAAACCUAGACUCUCGUACUUCCUCCCUCAACUCGCGCAAUAACUCCCUAGCAUCUCAUCCACCGACCCACGGGACUGACUCCCUCCCUGCUACUUCAUCGCCUGCUGCGGCCUACAUUCCUUCUACUCCUGAUCCCGUACCUGCUGCAGCUUCUGUUCCGCCGACGCCUUCCUGCCCAUCUACACCCAUCCACACUCACGGGCACAUCUACACCCCUUUUGACAGCAACCCCCUCCCACAUGCCCACACCGCGCUCACAAACCCCAUCAUCCACCUGACCGAACUUCUCGACCGCGAACUCGCCGACCUAGCAGACCUACGCGAAUCCUCCGGGCAGCUUGUCAACCGCACCAUCCAGCUAGUCAACAUGCGCCAAGAAGAUCACGGCAAAGCCAUCCUCGUCUUCACCGUCGUCACCCUCAUCUUCUUGCCCUUAUCCUUUGUCACGUCUUAUUUUGGCAUGAACACCUCCGAUAUCCGAGAUAUGGCUGCUGGACAAGGCAUUUUCUGGGCUGUCGCCGGAACUGUCACGCUCUUGGUCGUCGCAAGCUCCCUCUUUGUUGCAUUUUACGGUGUCAAAGUAUGGGAACGCUUCCUCGUUUCCCGCCAUGAAGGAAAGGGUGAUUCGAGAGCUGGUCUCGGAGACCUCGUCGAGGGAAGAAGCGUUUCCUGGGCCAUCGGUGUCCCAACUUCUACUGCCGCUACUACGACAGCGGCGCGACCUGGGGCGCUACCCGUGGCUAAGGACGCUGCACGCUUUCAAUCUCCUGCGUCAGGAGCCGGGACUCUGGGUGUGGGAGGUGAAACGCCAGUAGGCGGGUUGAACGCGAUCUUGCGCGAUGAAGGUGGAGGUUCUGAGGCGCAAGAAGCUGCGGAGCGUGGCCAGGUAUUUGCCGGAGGGAUAGGGGAGAAGAUGCCUAGAGUCAAAUGGAGGGGGACUUUGUAAGUCUGUGGAGGGUGGGGGAAGGAGCUGAUAAUCUGAUGUUGCAAGGCAAAAUGUGGUACGACGAGGAAGAAGCAGGAAGGGACCGAUUGCGAAUAUUGAACGUAAUCGAGGAAGAAAAGGACUCAUAUAUAUGAAUCUACGAAUAUGUUGCCAUGAUAAGAUGAAGAGGCAGGUAUAUAAAUUUUCUUCAUGAUACACAUAGAGAUGCACAUCCAUUUUCAGCGCCCUGUCUAUAUGAAUCAAUUACGAGAUGAUGACUUUAGCAUUAGCAUUAGCAUAGGAAACCGGAAAGGAAAAGGAGGAUGCCGUUCAAUCCAGAUGAAGUUAUGAAUCAAGCAAUUGAUCAUGGAAAUUAAAAAAAAUAGAUUUCUUUUAUUGCUCCGCGCCAGAGGUAAUCUAAAAAGAAAAAUGGAC